CUCCAGUGUGUUAACAUCAUCAUCCUCCUUCAGUGGUUCUGCACAACAUAACCAUUCAACAUGGCAGCCCACAGGAUAACAUGUUUAGGGUUAAAUGCCCUUUACUCCUCUGUCUGCGCCCCAAAGCAGGCCCUGAGGAGCUGCUGGGGCACGGUGGAGCAGGUGAGGGGUUACUAUGUCGACUGGAGGAUGCUGAGGGAUGUCAAGAGAAGACAGAUGGCUUUUGACUAUGCUGAUGAGAGGCUACGGAUCAAUGCAUUGAGGAAGAACACCAUCCUACCCAAAGAGCUUCAGGAAGUGGCAGAUAAAGAAAUCGCAGCAUUACCAAGGGACAGCUGCCCUGUGAGAAUACGCAACAGGUGUGUGAUGACUUCCAGACCUCGGGGAGUGAAGAAGAGGUGGCGACUGAGCCGGAUUGUCUUCCGUCACUUAGCUGACCACAACCAGAUGUCUGGUAUUCUGAGGGCAAGGUGGUGAUUCAUUGGACAUUACAGUCGGAUUGGAUCAUGAAAAAACAGUCUGAUUCUGUGGUUAUUGUCAGAAGAGCAGGACAUCAGCAGGCAAUACCGACUUGUUUUUGCCUUUUAGUGUCUGGAGUCUUUAGAGGUAUUGACCGUAAUAAAACAGUUCCACCACUAUCCACAAAAGCCUGGAAGGUGUUAUGUUAGUAAAUGAAUCCACUGAGAUUACUACAACAUACUUUCAGUAUUUUGUAUAGGCUGAGGACAUGCAAAUAUCCUUUCUGUAUAUUAUGUUUGUCCCAGUCAGUAAGUCGCUUCGUUUUCUUAUGGCUCCUCUAAAUAACAAAAUACAUCAUAUUUCAAAGAUAAAAUUAUAAUGUGACCCCUCAGAGGAGCAAAUGUCCAUGUAACUUACUGUACUCGGAAAUGGAUGAAUAAAUAUUGUUGUACAUUAUGA